AUGGGUAAUUGCUGUGAUGUUAAUAAGAAACAUAAUUCUCCUAAAAUUAAUAUAAGUGUACCUUAAGUUAUCGAAACUCAAUCAGAAUCAGUUAUUAAAGAAUAAUCUAUGAAAUUUAAAGAAGAAGGCAAUCAAUAUAUGCAGUAAAAGUUAUUUAAAGAGGCCAUCAUUGCAUAUACAUAGGCAAUUGUACUAUAUUUGAUAAAAGAUAGAAUUUAUAUAACAAAGAAUCUAUAUAUUAUUCAAAUCGUGCAGUUGCCUAUCGAACUCUCUCAGAUUAUACUAAUGUAAAGAAAGAUGCAAUGCAAGCUUUAUAAUUGGAUAAUAAAAAUGUUAGAGCUUAUUUUGUAUUGGGAACAGUUUAUUUAAUUUUGGGUUAAUAAGAUAAAUGUUUGAUUUAAGCAACAGAUGGUGUUAAUUUUUUGAUAUAAGGUAUAGAAAUAAUAGAUUUAAUUAAGCUUAAAAGCAUAUUUAGUUAAAACCAUAAUUGUAGGAAUGUGUUGAUUACAAUUAUUCAUAAGGACUUAUUUUAAAAUCUAAAUUGGAAUAAUCAGAAAAUUAUAAAGGCAUUAUAUUUUAUAUAUAUUUUUAGAAUUCUUAAAAUUAAAGGAGAAAUUAAAUAAAUUCUAUGGCCAUUAAAUUAAUUUAAGUAAAUUAUCAUAUCCAGGAACCAAAGAAAAUUAUGUUUCUCCUUCUGUAGAAUGUUACACAUGUAUUAUAACCUAAGAUUUGAUGCAUGAACCUACUUUAAUUAGUAGUGGACAUACUUAUGAGAGAUGUUCUAUAAUUGAAUGUAUAAGAGUAAAUGGACCUUAUGAUCCAAAGACAAGA